AUGGCGGACGAUGGUAUGCUCUUGAACUUUGAGCUGGGCUCUGAGCCUCUCAAGACGCAGGUCAAAUAUAAAGGCGGCCGAUGGCGAGACAGGAAGCGCGCUGAGAGGAGCGCAAACCUGAGGCACCCUCGUCCCUCCUCAGACCGACAGCAAAACGACGACGGCUUUAGAUCGACAAAGCGGCAAAGAGUCCAUGGCGACCCGUCGGCAAGUUAUUCAAGUUACAGACCAGGCUCUCGGCCUGACCGGUCUGGCCACGAUGCCGCCGCAAAUGACGGUUCUACUCAGCACAAGUCAGACCCCACGGCCAAAGGCAGUCGCCAGGUUAUAUCACGCCUCUUUUCCUUCAAUCCGGCUCAGACGACCGAAACUGCAAAUCAAGAAGAAUGGAAAGCGCCGCAGCCAACAAAUGCGCCGCUCUCUAGCGUUGCCAAUUUUGGUUCACUGACACUCUCUACUCGGCUUGUCGAUGCCUUGGCCAAGAUGAACCUGGAACGCCCUACUGCCAUUCAACAAAAGGUCAUUCCGCAUCUGCUGUCUAGUAGCGGUGACGCCUUCGUACAAGCCGAAACCGGUUCCGGAAAGACGUUUUCUUAUCUCCUCCCCAUGCUGCAUAGAGUUCUGAUGCUCAGCAGCCAAGGCGACGGCAAGCAGAUCCACCGAGACUCCGGUAUUUUUGCAAUCAUCGUGUCACCUACCCGCGAGCUUGCGAAGCAAACACAUGCCGUUCUCGAGCAGCUUAUAAAACCAUUUCCAUGGCUUGUAUCGAGCGCACUUACUGGUGGAGAGUCUAAAAAGGCCGAAAAGGCAAGGAUUCGAAAAGGUGUCAACUUUCUGGUUGCCACACCUGGUCGCCUGGCUGAUCACAUCGACAACACAAAAGCUCUGGACAUGGGUACUGUUCGCUGGCUUAUUCUAGACGAAGGUGACCGGCUCAUGGACCUGGGUUUUGAAAAAGAUUUGCAGAAGACGAUUAGCGCUCUUAAUAAAGUAUCCAUCGUCAAAACCACAGGGGCGGGAACAUCUCUUGAGAGCCUGCCCGAGAGACGAGUCACGGUACUGUGUUCAGCCACUAUGAAGAUGAACGUCCAAAAACUAGGAGAAAUGAGUCUUGCUGAUGCAACGUUUUUGGCCGCCGAAAAUAGCGACGACGACGGCAAAAUCAACGAGGACGUUGUUCACAAAGCCCCGGCCCAGCUACACCAAACAUACAUUGUUGUUCCCUCCAAGCUUCGCCUAGUCACGCUUACGUCGUAUCUCAAAUCGGUCUUUUCUAGGCGUGGACGGACCAUGAAAGCUGUUGUCUUCAUGUCAUGCGCCGACACUGUUGAUUUCCAUUACGAAAUGCUCCGCAACCCCAACGAAACAGACUUGCCAGCAUCUGCACCAACGGACAAGGAGCUGAUUGAGAAGACAGUUUCCAAGGCCGCAUACAUCACAUCGCCCGCAAGCCCAAACGUCAUUUUGCAUAGGAUGCAUGGCUCACUAUCUCAACCCAUUCGGACAGCAACCCUUAAAUCCUUCUCCGCCUGCAAGUCACCGUCUCUGCUCAUCACCACCGACGUCUCAUCUCGAGGCUUAGAUAUUCCCUCCGUCGAGCUGGUCAUUGAGUACGAUCCAGCAUUCAGUUUCGCCGACCACAUCCACCGCGUGGGGAGAACAGCCCGUGCCGGCAGGUCCGGCGACGCCACGCUCUUUCUCCUUCCCGGAAGCGAAGAAGGCUACAUUGAGCUCCUCAAAUCCUCGUCUCCUCCCUCUUCGCAAUCAUACGACAACAUCCUCAGAACGGGCUUGAUGGGCAAACUCGAGUUCCCUGUCGAAACCUCGGCCACCUCCGCAGACGGGCAAUCAUACCAUGAUAAGGCCGAGGCACUGCAACUUCAUUUUGAGCAGCGCCUCCUACAAGACACCAAACGUCUGGAGCUUGCACGCAACGGUUUCAAGUCUCACAUCAGAGCGUACGCAACGCACAUCCGUGAAGAACGAGUCCACUUCGACAUCACGCAGCUUCACCUGGGCCACGUCGCGAAAAGCUUCGGUCUGCGCGAUCCGCCAGGCGGCAUAGGCGCGGGUAUCGAUCGCAAAGCCAACAAGAAGAAGGGCCCGGCCAACUCCAAGGAUCGCCACGUUUCCUGUAAGGACGACGACACAUUAUCAGUGGCUGUGGAUCAGAAGCCAGCCAGGGAUAGUAUCAGGCAGAAGAGCAUGCUAUUGAUGAGUAAUACCGCAGAUGAGUUCAACAUUGGUUAA